AUGGCUUACAUGAACAACUGGUUGGGUUUCUCUCUCUCACCUAAAGAACUCCCAAUAUCCCAGCCUCAAGAUCAACUCCAAACCUCAGCCUCUCCCCUAAUUGGUUUCAACUCUGAUGAAAUCUCUGAUACCCAUGUCUCAGAUGAGUGUUUUGAUCUCACUUCUCACUCCACACUUCCUUCUCUAAACCUUCCUGCCCCUUUUGGCAUACUAGACUCAUUCAACAGGAACAACCAAUCACAAGAUUGGAAUAUGAACUCUGAUAGUAGUAGCUACAAGACCACCUCUCAGGAACUUUCUAUGAUGAUGGGUAGUUCAUGCAAUCAGAACUUCCAAAACCAAGAGCCAAAGCUUGAAAACUUUCUUGGUGGACAAUCUUAUAAUAGUUCUGAUCAUCAACAACAAAACAAACUUGUGGGGUGCAAUUACUCUAAUAUUGGUGGUUCUUCAGCUUAUAAUGGUGGCUGCAGUAGUACUACUGCUUUAAAUUACACAUAUCCCAACUCUUCAUUGCAGCUUCCAUCUCAUGAGGUGGCCGAGACAGCGGCAACCAACCAUGGCGGUGGAGGCAGUGGUGGCGGCAUUGGGAUUUCUAUGAUCAAGAACUGGUUGAGGAACCAACCGGAAAGCAAUAAGGAUGGUGGGGUGGAAAGAGGGACUAAUGAAACCCUAACGGCCGGUGGGUUGUCGUUGUCGAUGAGCACUGGCUCACGGUCGAGCUCUACUUUGCCGCUUUUGACGGCAAGUAAUGGUGGUGGUGGUGGAAGAGGAGGAGAGAGUUCUUCUUCAUUGGAUAAUAAAGAGGAGAAGGUGGCUGCAGCUCUUGAUGGACAAACAGGUGCUAUAGAGGCUGUGCCUCGCAAAUCUAUUGAUACAUUUGGACAAAGGACUUCCAUUUACCGUGGUGUAACAAGGCAUAGAUGGACCGGGAGAUAUGAGGCUCAUCUAUGGGAUAACAGCUGCAGAAGAGAAGGGCAAACUCGGAAAGGAAGGCAAGGAGGAUAUGAUAAAGAAGAAAAGGCAGCUAGAGCUUAUGAUUUAGCAGCAUUGAAGUAUUGGGGAACCGCUACCACUACAAAUUUUCCUAUUAGUAAUUACGAGAAAGAGGUAGAAGAAAUGAAGAACAUGACCAGACAGGAGUAUGUUGCAUCUCUUCGAAGGAAGAGUAGUGGAUUUUCUCGGGGUGCAUCCAUUUAUCGUGGAGUGACGAGACACCACCAGCAUGGAAGAUGGCAAGCAAGGAUUGGCAGAGUUGCCGGAAACAAGGAUCUCUAUUUAGGAACUUUCACCACACAGGAGGAGGCAGCAGAGGCCUAUGACAUUGCUGCCAUAAAGUUCCGUGGUCUUAACGCGGUGACAAACUUUGAAAUCAACAGAUAUGAUGUCAAGAGCAUACUUGAGAGCAGUACUUUACCAAUUGGUGGCGCUGCCAAGCGUCUGAAGGAUGCCGAGCAGGCUGAAAUGACAGCGGACGCGAUGACCAGACACGUCGAGGACAACACGAGUUCCCAUCUGAGCAAUGGAAUCAGCAACUACAGCGCGCCCCACGGCUUCCCCAGCAUAGCAUUCCAACAAGCUCAGCCCUAUGGCGUGCACUACGCGCCAUAUGGCCAACAACAGAGGGUGUGGUGUAAGCAAGAGCAAGAUACUAAUACCACCCACAGCUUUCAAGAUCACUAUCAACUUCAGUUGGGGAAUACUCACAACUUCUUCCAUCACAACCUCAUGAGCUUGGACUCGUCGUCGAUGGAACACAGCUCCGGCUCAAACUCUGUCUUCUACGGCAGUGGAUGUGGCAGUGGUGAUGGCAAUGGCAACUUCCAAGGAGUUGAGUAUGCUAAUCAUGGUAGCUUCGUGAUGCCAAUUAGUGCUGUUGUUGCCCAUGAAAGUAACCAGAAUCAGGGUUUCGGAGAAAAUGAGGUACAAGAAAACAAUUUCGGAUUGAUGGAUCGUUAUGAUCACUCGACAAGUUUGUAUGAUCAGGGCUCAACUUGUAACAACUGGGUGCCUACCGCGAUUCCAACUAUAUCUCCGAGGACUAACAGCAUGGCCGUUUGCCAUGGGGCCCCAACAUUCACAGUGUGGAAUGACUCAUAA